AUGAAUAAUUAAGCUGAUAUAACUCUAAAAAACUAAACAGAAAAAUUAGACCCGAAAUGUCAAGUUUACUAAAAUAAAAAUAAGGCUUAAACAUAACAACAUUUGAAGAAUAAAAAAGUAGUUCAUCAUAUUGCAAUUUAUUUGAUUCUGAAGCCAAAGUAAACCCUGAAAGGACUUAAAAAAAACUAAGCAAGAUCUCAAAGCAAGUUAAAGCAUUAAAAUGAAAAAGAAAAAAAAUAUUAGGGAUAUUUUACUUUCAAAAAGGCAAACUUUAGAGUAGCAAAACGCAUAAUCGAGAAGAGGUUCCUAAGCCAAUUUUAUUAAAUCCUUUAUAAUCCAAAGAGUUUUUAAAAAAUCUAAAAUACAUCUCUUGAUAAAGAAAUUUACUACAAAAAUGAUUAGUUUAUUAUAAACCUCUAAGAAAUAAGUAUUCCUUUAAUCCAAAAAAAUGCGAAGCAUUCUAUCAGAUAAAUCAGAUUCUAUCGUUUUAGCUAACAACGUUGA